CGCAGAGACAUCCACAGUGAGCGGUGACCAUGUCGGGGAAGGACCGCAUGAUGUGGCCCCUCUUGCCGCUGCUGCUGCUCGGUCUGCUGCGCCCCUGCACCGGAGCCCUGUGCACUCAGUGUGACUCAUCCACAGAUGGCACCAUUUACAAAUACAAGGCAAAGACUCUGAACGGGAGUCACACUGUGAACUUCAGUGAGUACGCGGGCAAGACCGUCCUCUUCAUCAAUGUGGCCACGUACUGAGGGUACACCUACCAGUAUGUGGAACUGAAUGCACUACAUGUGGAGAUGAAACCUCUCGGCCUCACCAUUCUCGCCUUUCCCUGCAACCAGUUUGGGAAACAGGAACCAGGGCAAGCACAUGAAAUUCUUCCAGGGCUAAAGCAUGUCAGACCAGGCAAUGGAUUUGUUCCAAACUUCCUGCUGUUUGAGAAAGGUGAUGUGAACGGAAAAGACGAGCAAGAGGUUUUCACUUUCCUCAAGAACUCUUGCCCCCCAGUAGGAGACAACUUCGGCAACCCCACGGCGAGACUGUUCUGGGAGCCUCUGAUGACCAGCGACAUCAAGUGGAACUUUGAAAAGUUUCUAGUGGGACCAGACGGGAAGCCGGUGAUGAGGUGGCACCCAAAUGUCAACAUUUCUGAGGUCCGGGCCAACAUUCGCAGAUACCUGCUCAACCUGUACACACAGGAUAUUUUUAAUUAGAUCUAGAAUUAGAUUUAUCAUACAGUGUCGUCCAUCUAGUGAACUGUAACGAGAUGCUACGGUAAAUGUAAAAUAGAAAGUAAUGCUAACAGUUUCUGAUCCAUGAAGAUGGCAUGCUGAAUGAAGAGGAGGCUUGAAAACAGGAAUCCUGUGGUGCCUCUUCAGAGUCUGCGGUUCAGGCCAGCUCUUCAGUGCAUUCAGGCUGCCCUGCAAUCUCACAGCACCAUGUCAUCUUCUCAUCCCAGGACCUGUUAGUCAUUACAGCCUAAAUGUUAAUUACGUCCAAUAAAUCACGGAGAACA